AAGCUGAAUGUCGCAAUAAAAGUCUAUUGUGAAGUCGAUAUUCGGCAGUUUUACUGAAGCUUUCUAGGCAACAAGGUUUUACAUGAAGUGUUUUGCAAUCAUUCUGCUUUAUAUUCUGUAUUUGGCACACGGUGCCAAUAUACUGGUGCUAGACACUGAACAUUCUCGUAGUAAUCACAUUUGGAUCAGGACUAUAACAGCAGCUUUGGCUGAGAAAGGACACAAUGUGACAUCAUUAUCGACAUAUAUCGAGGAAGAAACACCGAAAAAUUUCCACUAUCUGCAUCUGGAUAAAGUUUACGAUGUUUUUUAUAAUCCAGAAGAUGAAGAUUUUGUGCUGAAACCGGAUUUUUUCCUCUGCGGAGAGAUUAAUUCGUAUCUUCAAAUAAUUUUGUCCUUCCUUCCAAUAGAGUUUGUGCUGAAAGGUUGCCUGAAAUCAAAAGGAUUCCGUCAACUUCUUGCCUACCCAAAUGAUUUUAAGUUCGAUUUGGUGUUGCAUGACUAUAGUGCCUUAGGAGUCAUGUUGCCAUUUGUGAAGAAAUUCAGUGAUCCUCCAGUGAUAGCAUUAAUAUCAACCUUCUCAGUGGAAGUCACAGCGCCAGUCUUUGGAGGAACAAUUCACUCUUCCUAUGUGCCGCGUAUAUUGAAUGAUAUUGAUGAUUUAACAACAUUCUAUGGACGGUUUAACAGCUUCGUAAAGGCUCAUCUGGAUUAUUUCUGGAGAAAAUAUUUCAGCGAGCCAAGGCUCAAUAAUAUGUUGAAGAAGAAAUUUAAUUGGGACGUAAACGUUCGAGAAUUGAGUAAACUCUCAAAAAUUGCACUGGUUAACAAAUAUCCAGGAUUAGAUAUUAUUGAAGAAGCUCUCCCAAAUGUAAUCUCAGUAGGAGGACUACAGAUUCAGAGGAAUAAGAACCUUACAAAGGAUUUUCAAGAAAUCAUGGACAAUGCCAAGAACGGAGUGAUCCUCUUCUCUUUGGGAACUAAUGUAAAGAGCGCGACACUUGGUGUUGACAGACAAAUAGAGAUUCUGGAGGCUUUCAGACAGCUUCCUGAAUAUACAUUCAUCUGGAAAUUUGAAGCCGAUUCCUUACCAGUAGAUGUUUCUCCAAAUGUUAUCGUGAAAAAGUGGGUUCCGCAAUGUGAUCUUCUGGCUCAUCCUAAUUUGAAACUCUUCAUCAGUCACUGUGGCCUUCUUAGCACACAAGAAGCUGUCUGGUACGGUGUGCCUAUACUUGGACUCCCAAUUUUCUUUGAUCAAUUCAUAAAUUCAGAGGUGAGCGUAAAAACUGGAUUUGCUGAAAGGGGAGAUAUAAGAAAUAUUGAGAGAAAAUCUUUCAAGAAAUUGAUUGAAAAGAUGAUGAGUAAUUCGAAGUAUAGAGAGAAUGCAAAGAUUCUGUCAGAAAUCUUUAGGGAUCAGAUGGAAACGCCUCUAGAAAGGGCAAUUUGGUGGAUUGAAUACGUUCUAAGACAUCCUAAUAUGACUCACAUGGAAACACCGUCCAGGAAUCUCAAUCUGGCUCAAAGAGAAUCCUGGGAUGUCUUAGCACUUCUCUAUACACUCAUUCUUGUUUCUGCAUUGAUGUCUGUAAAGUUGUGCUGUUUUAUUUGUCAACGUUGCACUAGGAAAAUACGGAAAACAUAUAUUGGAAAACAUUGGAACCUAAGGAUUUAAGGAAAUGAGUUUUUUUUUGUAAUGAAUAUCCGAAUUAAAGGAAUUAA